CACAUCAUCAAGAUGAAGAUUACUAUAGCAGUGGGCAGUGUCUUGGCUUUUAUGCAAGUUUGGUUAUUGGUGGCUACAGCAGCAGUUUCACCUGAUCCGGGACUGACGUGUAACUCCUGCUGCCAGGGCCCAGCCGGUAUACCGGGAAUCCCCGGAUCUAAUGGAAACCAUGGUCAAGGGAUUGUAGGCCCGAGAGGUGAUGCAGGCUCCCCUGGUGAGGUAGGUCAACCCGGGGCUAAAGGAGACAAGGGGUCAGAUGGACUGGAUGGUGAGCCAGGCGCUAAAGGGGAUCAUGGACAAAAGGGAGAUCAAGGAGUCGGUCAACCAGGGAAACAAGGACCUCAAGGUCUGCAUGGGAUGAAUGGUCUGAAGGGGGAGAGAGGUGAACCUGGACCAGCUGGACAGACCGGUGAAGCAGGUGAAUGUAGUACGCGACGGUCCGCCUUCACUGCAGUGAGGAAUACCGCCUUCAGCUCUCCAUCCUCCGGGGAUACUCUGCCCUUUGAAGAGUUAUUGUUUUCAGAGGAAGGGACCGAUUUCAACUUGAAUAACGGCACGUUUACGUGUAAUGUGCCUGGGGUAUACGUAUUGAUGUUCUCAGCCCGGAAAUCACCAAGUGGGUCUUACCUAUAUGUCCAGCUGAGGAAGAACGGUAACAGCAUUGUUUCAGGGGGUGUACGCGAUGCAGAUUAUCAUCAAGUGAGCAGCAGUGCAGUGAUUCCCCUGCACUAUGGAGAUCAAGUUCACUUAGCUGUAUUCGGUCCAGUAAAUAGUAGCUCUAACCAUUGGACGUCUUUUACAGGAUUCCUGCUGUACGAAAUCUAAAUCAAACAUAAAAACACACGGAAACGUUUUACUGUUUUAUAUAACGAUUUAUGUGUUUCGAAAUACAAUAAUCACCUAGUUAAUUGUGUUUAGAUGGGGCAGUUUGUUUAGAUGAAUAUAAUAAAUUAACAGUUGUUUUAAUGCAUGUAGGACAAUUAGUUUGAUUAAAAACGUUAUGUUUUAGAGCGUGGUAUUGCAAACGUGUUUAUUGUGGCGAAAACAUUAAAAUGUGUUGUUUUUUCUGUCACGUUAAUUGUGCGAUAAAUAUCAGUUCAUCUUUUUUUUUCUUUUUUUUAUCACAUCUUCGGGAAAAUUUUAUAUUUCUACUGUAAUUCCGAGGGUGCAAUGAUGAGUCCUUGAAACGACUCUACGACAUUCAAAUUAAUAUGCAAAAUGAAACUACGCAAUAAAAAACCGAUAGUUUAGUUAAUAGUAUAUGAAAACAACUGUAACUUUAUAUUCCUUGAUAGAAUUCAUUAUGGCCGCCGGUUAUGCCUGCAAUUUUUAUUCAAACAUUUUAAAUUGGUGGAAAAGGCUGUACCCUGUUGAAGCAACAAAA